GGCCGCGGGAAAUGUGUGGGGGCGUGCAUGUGCUAGGGCCCAAAUGAGCGUAAUUUCUGCUUCAUUAUGACCGGGUUGAGUCAUAAGUGAUCAACGCCGAUACAUCGCGUUUGUUAAAAUAACUGGUAACGAGAGUAUGGCUCAAAUAUUUAGUUCAAUUAGGUACUUCACCACCGGCAGAUUAUCUCCGAAGGUUGAAGAACAGUUGGAAAGUGGUGGUGCCAAGAGAGAGACAUACUUCACAGACUACACAACUCACCUCAUUGUUGGGGAGUUACCAGAUGAAGAUGUCAUUAAUGAAGCACAUGACCUCUAUGAGCGGCCUGCUCUCAGGGCAGUCUGGGUCACACUCUCCGCAGCUGCUGGAAAACUGCUUCCGACGGCUGCCUUCAGCCAUGCGCCGGGUCAGGUGUUUCGCGGGGUGCGCGUCUGCUGCAGCCGGCUGGAGCCCGACGACGUGCGCACCGUGUGGGCGCUAGUCACCUUCCACGGUGGCGCCUUCCAGCGCCGGCUGGACGCGCGCUGCACCCAUCUGGUGGUCGGCAAACCGGAGGGCGCCAUGUACGAGCGGUGUCUGCAGCCGGCGGGGCCGGUGCCGGUGACGCCUGACUGGGAGGAGGACCGCCGGCCUAGCGGCGAGCAGGAGAAGCAGCAGCUGCUGGCGCGACUCAAGCAGAACCUGCCCUGGAAUCAGCCCGACAAGGUGGAAACGGGCGAGGCGCGGACGCGGGGCCAGGGAGCGUUGCCCGGCCAGCAGCAGCGGCUGGGCUGGCGCGAGGAUCACAUCGUGCAGGUGCACCAGCAGCGGCUGGUCAGCCUGGACUCGCAGCAGCGAGUGCAGUACCUGGAGCGCAUGGACCCACAGCACCGCAGCAUCCUCAUAAAUCACUUCCAGUUCCGGCAGCGCUCACUCCAGCAGCAACAGCAGCAGAGCGCCAUGUCGGGGUCGCGCCGUGGUUUAUUUAGCCUGCAUGGCGUGGUGCGUCCCGUGCGGCAGGGUAUGCCGAUGCCGGUGCCGGUGGGGCAGCCUCAGACGCCGCGCAUGGUCACGCAGAUCGCGCGGCCGCCGGCCCCCGCCCAGCAGAUCAUCCAGCAGGUGCGACCGGCGCAAAUGCCGUCCGACUCGCAGGAGCCCAUCCAGCAGCAGGUGCAGCAGAACCUGGAGAAAAUCCGCCAGACGAUGGCCGCUCAGCAGCAGCAGCAGCAGCAGCAACAGCAGCAACAGCAGCAACAGCAGCUUAUGCAGCGACAGCAGAGCGUGCCACAGUCAGUGGCGGCCGGUGUGCCACAGCAGCUGCUGCUGCGGCAGCAGAGCGACCCUGGCCAGCUGCAGCCGGGCCAGCGGCUGGUGCAGGUCGGCGGCCAGCAGGUGGUGCUGCCGCACGGCCAGGCGCUGACGCCCGAGAUGCGACAGCAGAUCCUGAACAACCAGCAGAACCUGGUGCAGCCCAAGACGAAGACGGCGCUGGCGAACCUGCUCAACAACCGGCUGUCGAGCGGGCCGAUGAGCGGCUCCUCCACUCCGGAGACGCCGGGCACGCCGGUGCUGACCACGCCGCCGCAGAGCGUGCAGACGACGCCGACCGAGCCGCGCGCGCCGCCGGCCGCCGGCCAGAACGUGACGGCGGACCCGGCAGCCAAGAUGGCGGUGCUCCAGCAGGCCGGCUUGACGACGGCGCCGGUCGGCCAGCCGCCGCAGGCCGCCUACCGGCUGGGCGUCAGCCCGCAAAAGCCGGGCCAGCAGCCGGCCGUCCGCGUCCAGUACUACGGCCACGACCCCACCCUCAACCUGCCGCCCGACCUGUGCCUGCUGGGCUGCGUGUUCCUGCUGGUGGACUACCAGCACUGCACGCCCGUGGACGAGCUCAAGUCCUGGUGCAAGGUGAUCAGCCAGUACGGCGGCGAGGUGGAGCAGACGUACAGCGGCCGCGUCACGCACAUCCUCUGCCUCCAGCUCAAGAACGCCAUCGUGCAGACGGCCAUGCGGGACAACAAGCGCUGUGUGACGGCCUACUGGCUCAACGACAUCAUCCUGCAGCACAAGGUGACGCCGCCGUGGCAGGCGCUCCAUCUGCCCGUCUCGUACAGUGACGCUGACAAGCCGGGUAAAAACCUCAUCAUUACUAUAUCGGGCUUCGAGGACAAGGAGCGUCGCCGCGUGAAGCACAUGGUGGAGGCGUGCGGUGCCAAGUACACGGGCUACUUCACGCGGCACAAUACCACGCUCAUCUGUCGCAAACCGGAGGGUCCCAAGUACGCCAAGAGUCGCGAGUGGAAGACGCCGGCGGUGAAUCUGCAGUGGCUGAACGAGUUGCUGCUGGGCAACCAAAGCGUGGUUCAGCUGGCCGCCCACCAGAAGUACCAGCAGUUCAGUCUGGAGGAGCCGUUCCGCAUCGACUACAACCUGGUGCCGCACCUGAUGGCCGCCUGGAAGGCGCCCAUCAUAGUGACGCGCGAGAUCUGGAGCCGCUUCAAGGAGAACCCGCCGCCGCGCAACAAGCGCAAGCUGCAGGAGAUCGAGGCGGACCGGGCCACCAAGAAGACGACGCUGUCACCGAACCUGGCCGAUCCGGGCGUGCCGCCGCCGCCGGCCGACCCGGAAAACGGCCCGCCGCGUGUGCUGCUGUCGGCCUGCUCGACGCCCGGUCUGGCCGACACGGUGCGCCGGCUGGGCGGCACGCUGGCGAGCGGCGCCGCCGAAGCCACGCACCUGGUGAUGGCGCGUCUACAGCGCACCGUCAAGUUCCUCUCGGCGCUGGCUGGCUGCUCGCUGAUCGUCUCCCAGCGCUGGCUGGAGGAGAGCGGUCGCCAGGGCCGCUUCCUGCCCGAGCAGCCGUUCCUGCUGGCCGACGCCGAGUUCGAGAAGCGAUUUAACUUCUCGCUAGCCGCCACGCUCGCGAAGACAGACCGGUGUGCCCUGUUCAAGGGCAUGAGCUUCCACAUCACCCCAGGCGUGGUGCCGAGCCGACGGGCGCUGACCGAGAUCAUCCAGUGCUCGGGCGGCACAGUCGAGGAGCGACGCCGCCCACUCAAGGCGCUCAAGGAGCCACGCCUCCAGAACCACUACGUCAUCACGUGCGAGACGGACCUGCACCUGGUGGAGGAUAUUUUCAAGGCGGGACUGCCCAUCUACAGCGCCGAGUUCGUGCUGAGCGCCGUGCUGCGGCAAAUGAUAGACUAUACGCGCUCCUGCUACGUCCGACCGCAGCAGUAG